AUGUCUGUUAACCCAGCGACGCCUGAAGUUCAAGUCGACGAAAACACCACCGACUCCGAGUCCGUCUUCAGCGCCGACUCCGUGGGAGCGACCACUUCUAUCGCUAGCAGCGUGCUCAAGUAUAAAUGGAAACAUGGCAGACGCUAUCACAGUGAUCGUGCAGGGCAGUACAGUUUCCCCAACGAUGACCAGGAGCAGGAUCGCCUUGAUAUGAUUCACCACGUUUUUUGCCGAACUAUAAAGGAUCGAUUGUUCUUAGCUCCCAUAGAUCCGGAGGGGCUGAAUGUUCUCGAUAUCGGAACAGGAACAGGAAUUUGGGCAAUUCAGUUUGGAGACGAGCAUCCCUCUGCGACAGUGGUUGGGAAUGACCUUAGCCCCAUACAACCAGACUGGGUUCCUCCGAAUGUCAAAUUCAUCGUUGACGAUGUUGAAGCGGAAUGGGUUGAACCUAUCCCAUAUGAUUAUAUCCACUGCAGAUACAUGGCUGGAUCUAUCAAGGACUGGCCUAGACUACUGCGACAAGCGUAUGCCAACUUAAAGCCAGGCGGUUGGAUCGAGCUUCAAGAAACAGCUAACACGCUCUAUUCCGAGGAUGACUCGCUCAAGCCCGACAAUGCGUUAGUCCAGAUGAUGGACCAUCUAAAACUAGCCUGCGAUAAGAUUGGAAGAACCAUGGAUCCUGCGCCGUCUUUUCAAGAAUGGGCCAAGGAAGCUGGUUUCGCCAAUCUUAAAGAGGAGCGAUUCAAGCUUCCAAUCGGACCAUGGCCUAAAGAUGAACGGCUCAAAGAAAUUGGAACUUUGAUGGGGGUUAACAUGAGAGAGGGUGUAGCUGCUUUUACGGCUGUUUUGUUUACUGAUGUCUUGGGAUGGUCGCGCGAAGAGGUUGAGGUUUUCAAUGCGCGUGUCAGAGAGGCAUCACGCGAUAGAUCUGUGCAUCCAAUGUUUGAUUGCUUGAUAGUCACUGGGCAGAAGCCGAAAGAAUAG